AUAUAAACGUGGUUGUUUCUGUUCUUGCGAGUUGUAACCUAUUAUGAAGGAUGAUGUCUCUAGAUUUUAAUUAUAAGGUUUUUUGAGUGUUUCGGCUUGUUCAUUAUAACAGCACUUCUGGUAAACGAUUCCACUUACCUAAAUAUAUGUAGGUGAACUAAACAGUAUAUACUAUGACUAUAGUCAUAGUAUUUAGAUUCAGAUUUGUGUAGUAAGGACAGAAGGCCUACGGCCUAUGUUAUUCCUAUUCUAGAAUGCUUCUGUGAGUGUCCAGUCUUCUCUUGAAAGAGUCAAUUGAAGGUGCGGACACAACUGCUUCAGGCAGCAGGUUCCAAGUAUUGAUGACGCGGUGUGGAAACAUGUAUGCCACGGCCUCGACCACAUAGCUUCAAUAUUUUUUAUGUGCACUCUGGUUGUUGAGUGCACAAAGUGCUACUUUUGGAUAUAGACACGAUGCACAUAACCAGGCCUGUGCAGGAGUCUGUACGCUAUCCAAACAUCCGUACAUAUUGCAGUACCUGGCUGCAGCCGGUGUUACUGGUGCUUUCAUUAUCCAGUUCGCGAUAAUUUCCCUAAUUUACCUCAGGAAUUAUAUGUGAGGUUUUCAUCACGAAAUGACAUCAGCUAUAAUGCCAGAAAUUUAUUUAGCCAAAUGGAUGAAAGGCUUUCGCGUUAAAACCCGAGAUUUAUUAUCUUAUACCUGAUUGAUUCGUUCACAAAUUGUAGUCUCGCCAUUUUAUUUAUCAUGUUUUGUAUAAAAUCCCCUGUGAACCGAACGUACGUUAGCACUAAGCGACGUAACCUUGAAAUCUCCAAAACGCCUCUGAUUGGCUCGUCCAUAAAUUAGAGUCUCGCCGGUGUGGAAUUAAAAUCUGGUCACAUUUACGAUCAAUAAUUUUGAAGACUUCAUGCCAAAAAAAAUAAAUGCGUUGUUUAAGAUGCCGAAGAUAAGCAUGUAGAAUAGACUACAAAACAUUACAAGUGCCCGGACAAAUAUUUUACACGCUUUCUCUAGAGGCAAUUACCCUACACCUAACUAGAACAUACUUCCUGUUAGAAAAUUCCCUCUUUUGUGCAGCUUUAACGAACUAAUCUCACAAAAUAGGCUUUUUGCUUGGUGGAUGAGACAAGGCUGUUUCCAGGAUCCCCCAAUGCUUUAGAUCAAAUUUCCAUGUUAAACAAAUUUUGGUCAACAAUUUCGUAGGGAGAAAAAGAACAUGGGGUGAAGCACGUUGCAGGUGGAAAUAAAUGCAAGAAAAUACUUACAUUUAUCGCGAACCUGGAACUAAACAUGAAACAGUUAGCCUCAAAAGGGCAGUGAUUUUUGUACUUGUUGUGAUUAUACUUGCUUUGAGUACUUAUUGCACCAAAAGCAUUCUUGGUCUACUUUAACUUAAAGUACUUUGAUUAAAGUUUGAAACUUUUUGAUAAAUUUUGUCCUGAGUACCUUUUUUACUCCUGACUAACACUUGUGUUCAGAUUGUGAUCAUUUUGUGUUUUUUAAACCUUUUAUAUCGAAUUACAAUGGUUGGUAAGACUCACAAAUGUUGGCAACCAAAUUGUUUGUUCCCCGUGGAGGAGGGAAUGCAAUGUGACGAUUGUAAAAAGUGGUACCACAAAAUGUGUACACGCCUAAGUCCGACGGCUUACAAAAGAUGCUCGAAGCCUAACUCGCAUUGGCUUUGUAUGUUCUGCUGUACGGAUAAAAAGGUACUAAUUCGGGAGGCUAUGGCCCUAUUGGCUUUGGCCUGCAAGAAAAACGAUGGCGGAAGCAAUGAUAACAAGAGCACUGACGGAGAAGAAUGUGUCAGUGUAGUAAGUGCUGCUACCGGACCCGUUAAACACCUGACUGUGAUUGACGGGAACGUGAAAUCUCCGUUGACAUUAACGAGGAAUGAAGUGCCGCUUGAUAUUGACAUCGGCAGUCAUACACCUCUAGCCGAAAUAGAAGAUCCGGAUAAAACUGUCACCGUUCCACGUAGUCCAGGUGUGGCUGUCCUGACUGGUGACAAAUGGACUUCAGUAAGGAGAAAAAGAAAUGGGAAGAAAAAGACUGUGGGCAAAACGCAGCUGGUCAGCAAGGCAUUGGAAGGGAUGUUAUCAGAAGAAAAAUCCUCACUGCGUGACAAGACAGAUCUCUCUGAGAGAUCAGUCAUUUUUCAUAAGAUAAGAGAAUCUUCAGAUAAAGAACCAAAGGCGAGAUUUGAACACGAUCUCAAUCAUAUUAAGACAUCAUUAAGUAAACUACUCCCAGAUACAGUUUCAGGAGUCAGUAUUUGUAAGCUUUGUAGAAUAGGAAAAAAGGUGGAUUCCAAAAGUCCUCCGAAAAACCGCCUCCUGAAGGUUACAUUCAACACGGUGGAAGAAAGGAACCUGAUUCUAAGUAAUUCACGUAAACUGAUAGGAUCCGGAAUAUAUGUCCGUGAGGAUCUCAGCCUAGCUGAUCGUAUUAAGAGACGAGCUGCAGAAGCGGAAAUAAAUGAACGUUGCCAAAACGGGGAACGAAACCUUGUUCUUAAGGGUUUUCAAGUUGUAAAAGUUCGGAGCAAAACGAUCCCCAAGCCACUCUGGGUGGCAAGGAAAAGCUCUCCACAGACUUAAAGGUAUGCUACACAAAUGCUCGCAGCCUACUAAAUAAAAUGGCGGAGCUCAAGUCAGUGGUGGAUAAAGAGAAACCGGACGUUAUUGCUGUCUCGGAAACUUGGUUAACGUCAGAAGUAUUAGAUAGUGAAAUCCAGUUGACUGGUUUCAUAACCAGUAGGGCUGAUAGAUUAAACUGUAGGGGAGGCGGGGUUAUUCUGUACACGAAAAGUACCCUAACCAUAAGAUUAGCUGAGACAGUAGCACAUGUUUCAGGGAAAUUUGAACUGGUGAGAUGUAAGUUGAAAUGCCGACGGCAAGAUAUUGAAUUAGUUGUAUUAUAUCGCAGUCCAGAAUGUGUAGCAGAUGAUUUUAUCCUAGGUAAACUUAAGUCCUGGUGUAACAACGGUAAAAGUCUUGUAGUAGGCGACUUUAAUGCACCACAUAUAAACUGGGUUAACUUAGAAGUAGGGUCAUCCAUAUAGUCGUUCGACUGCAAACUGUUAGAAACCUCGAUUGGAUUAGCAUUAUUCCAACACAUUAGAGAUCCCACAAGAUACGACUUAUGAAACUCUUCCUCUCUUUUAGAUUUAGUUUUCACACACGGUGAUGACGUUGGUCAAAUGGCUUUUCUCCCACCACUUUGGAGAAGUGACCAUGCAGUCAUCUUAUUCAAAUUCAUGGCUGAGAUUGCCUGUCAAACAGUUGUACCGGCCCGUCCCAACAUAUGGGCAAUUAACUCCGCAGCAUCUGCUGAAAACUGGGAAAUUGACUCAAAGGCAUCACUACAAGAGGUAUGGACUCUAUUCAGGCAGUUAUACAAUCGGGUAACUCAACCAUACAUAUUCUGGACUGUCCCAAAGAAAAAGAAGCACGGACAUCCCUGGAUAGGCCGGGAUAUUCAACGUUUACUAAGACAAAAGAAGAAAUGCUGGGACGUUGCCAUCCGCCUUGGCACAGCAGGUAAGAUGGAACGCUACAGAUCGGUAAGAAACAAAUGUAUGACAAAAAUUCGGGAAGCUCAAAGAAAAUAUGAAAUGCAGUUGGCACAAUCUGCACUCAAGCAGCCCAAGAGAAUAUUCUCGUACAUAAACUACAGAACAAGGAUGCAUCAUUGGAUUUCCAACCUAAUUAAAGAAAGAAGUGAAUCUGAAAUGAUAGAGGAAGAUCAGGAAAAAGCAAAGGCUAUUGCUGACUAUUUUGGGACAGUUUUCACACAGGAACCUCCUCUAGAAGAAGAACCAGACCAAAAUAAAUAGUCAACAAACCACCUGCUCACCGUGGACUUCGAUCAAGAUGAUGUGCUUAAGACUCUUAGCACUUUAAACAUGGAAAAGUCAACACGACCAGAUGAACUACACCCCAAAAUAUUGAGACAUAUUGCACAAUACAUCGCGGCCCCACUGACUGUGAUAUUCAAUAUGUCACUUGACCAAGGUGUGUUACCUAUGGACUGGAAGGACGCAAUCGUCACUCCCAUACAUAAAACAAGUCCACGACAAGUUCCAUAGAAUUACAGACCCGUAAGCCUCACCAGUGUGGUAAUUAAAAUACUGGAAAGAAUAAUCAAACGGACCAUAACGGCAUUUAUGGAAACCAAUAACUUGCUGAACAUGGCACAACAUGGUUUUAGAAAGGGUCUAUCCUGUACAACGAACCUCCUUAUAGCAAGGAAGUUCUGGAUUAAUGCGCUAGACAACGGAAAUUCAGUGGAUGUUGUCUACAUAGAUUUCAGUAAGGCUUUUGACAAGGUGCCAACUAAUAGACUGCUAUUGAGGUUGGAAAACCUUGGUAUUUCCGGACCUCUUUUAAAAUGGAUUAAGAAUUUCCUAGUAGGUCGUAGACAAAAAGUAAGAACAAAUUCCAAGUGCUCCAUCUGGAGACCAGUACUUAGUGGAGUACCCCAAGGUUCCGUCCUAGAUCCUUUACUUUUUAUAAUGUACGUUAAUGAUCUUACAAGUAUAGUACAGUCUCCAAUGUUAUUAUACGCUGACGAUGUAAAACUUUGGCGAGUAAUAACUGGAGACAAAGAUGCUUUUACUCUUCAGGCAGACUUAAAUAAUAUGAUAAACUGGUCUAAAGAGUGGCUGAUGCCUAUCAACGCGGAAAAGUGUGUCUACAUGCACUUGAGGGAUACAAAGGUUAAUAAGUACAACAUAGGGGAUGUGUCAUUACCCGUAGUCCGGUCUCAUAAGGAUCUAGGGGUGACAGUGAGCAAUGAUCUUAAGACGACUGCCCUUUGCCGGGAGGUCGCAGCCAAGGUUCAGAUUCAGAUUUGAGUAGUAUGCUUCUGUGAGUGUCCAGUUUUCUCUUGAAAGAGUCAAUUGAAGGUGCGGACACCACUGCUUCAGGCAGCAGGUUCCAAGUAUUGAUGACGCGGUGUGAAAACCUGUAUGCCACGGGUAUUUUGUUCGUUCUUGGCUUUUCUACUCGCCUGCUAUGUCCUCUAAGGUGUCCCGAUCUAGUGGGAAGAGAGAGAAUAAGUUGGGUCCGAAAUCAUUUCUCAGUAUUCUGUACAUCAAAAUUAGAUCUCCCCUUAGUCUGCGACAGGACAGAGUAAAGAGGUCCAGUUUUUCAAGCCGCUCUUUGUAUGAUAAACCCCGGAGUUCCGGAAUUGCACGGGUAGCUGCCCUCUGUACUUAUUCUAAUAUGUCCGAGUCACCUUUUAAACAGGGGCUUGCAGCCUAAGCGCAGUUCUCUAGCUUGGUUCUCACUAAGGAUGUGUAUACUGUGAUGAACAUGGUAGUAUCUAACUUAAUGAAUGUCCUUUUUAAAGCCCAGAGGGUUCGAAACCCCUUGGCUGAUACCUCUCUAAUGUGUUGGAAUAAUGCUAAUCCAAUCGAGGUUUCUAACAGUUUGCAGUCGAACGACUAUAUGGAUGACCCUACUUCUAAGUUAACCCAGUUUAUAUGUGGUGCAUUAAAGUCGCCUACUACAAGACUUUUACCGUUGUUACACCAGGACUUAAGUUUACCUAGGAUAAAAUCAUCUGCUACACAUUCUGGACUGCGAUAUAAUACAACUAAUUCAAUAUCUUGCCGUCGGCAUUUCAACUUACAUCUCACCAGUUCAAAUUUCCCUGAAACAUGUGCUACUGUCUCAGCUAAUCUUAUGGUUAGGGUACUUUUCGUGUACAGAAUAACCCCGCCUCCCCUACAGUUUAAUCUAUCAGCCCUACUGGUUAUGAAACCAGUCAACUGGAUUUCACUAUCUAAUACUUCUGACGUUAACCAAGUUUCCGAGACAGCAAUAACGUCCGGUUUCUCUUUAUCCACCACUGACUUGAGCUCCGCCAUUUUAUUUAGUAGGCUGCGAGCAUUUGUGUAGCAUACCUUUAAGUCUGUGGAGAGCUUUUCCUUGCCACCCAGAGUGGCUUGGGGAUCGUUUUGCUCCGAACUUUUACAACUUGAAAACCCUUAAGAACAAGGUUUCGUUCCCCGUUUUGGCAACGUUCAUUUAUUUCCGCUUCUGCAGCUCGUCUCUUAAUACGAUCAGCUAGGCUGAGAUCCUCACGGACAUAUAUUCCGGAUCCUAUCAGUUUACGUGAAUUACUUAGAAUCAGGUUCCUUUCUUCCACCGUGUUGAAUGUAACCUUCAGGAGGCGGUUUUUCGGAGGACUUUUGGAAUCCACCUUUUUCCUAUUCUACAAAGCUUACAAAUACUGACUCCUGAAACUGUAUCUGGGAGUAGUUUACUUAAUGAUGUCUUUAUAUGAUUGAGAUCGUGUUCAAAUCUCGCCUUUGGUUCUUUAUCUGAAGAUUCUCUUAUCUUAUGAAAAUGACUGAUCUCUCAGAGAGAUCUGUCUUGUCACGCAGUGAGGAUUUUUCUUCUGAUAACAUCCCUUCCAAUGCCUUGCUGACCAGCUGCGUUUUGCCCACAGUCUUUUUCUUCCCAUUUCUUUUUCUCCUUACUGAAGUCCAUUUGUCACCAGUCAGGACAGCCACACCUGGACUACGUGGAACGGUGACAGUUUUAUCCGGAUCUUCUAUUUCGGCUAGAGGUGUAUGACUGCCGAUGUCAAUAUCAAGCGGCACUUCAUUCCUCGUUAAUGUCAACGGAGAUUUCACGUUCCCGUCAAUCACAGUCAGGUGUUUAACGGGUCCGGUAGCAGCACUUACUACACUGACACAUUCUUCUCCGUCAGUGCUCUUGUUAUCAUUGCUUCCGCCAUCGUUUUUCUUGCAGGCCAAAGCCAAUAGGGCCAUAGCCUCCC